CGUCAAUUGGGAUCAGUUGAAUCUGUAUCUUUGGGAGGUUAGAUUCAGCUGUUGGGGAUUUAUUUCAUUCUGAAAUGUUCUAUUAGGUAGGUGUACCUAGUGCCCCCUUAGGCUUAUUUUAUUUGCGCGAGCAAGAGCUAGAGCUAAAGGGUUGUCUUCAUUGUAUCAUGUCAUUAUUUGACUGACCGCAGAAGCAGGGCGUUUUGACCUUUCUUUCCUCGCAAGACGGAUCUUCACGUUGAAUGAAGAAAAUUUGCUCAGCUUGAUCUGGUUGAUGCUAUUCGAAAGAUAGAUUAGCGAGACAUCUGCCUUUUUUCCCCUUUUCUUCUUUUGACAAGCUGCGUCAUGAAUCCACAAAGAGGACGAAAUCCCGGACAGGCGGUCAUGGUUAGGAUGGCCCUUGCUUUCAUUUAUUUUAUUUUAAUUUUUUUUUCCCUCUUUUGACAUAUUGUUCCGGUUAUAUUGAUUUCUGGUAUAUAGCCUCCCGCUCGCCGAUCUCCAUCGACCCGCCUCAUCACCGUCGACAACGUCCUCCAGAAUUCCUCGGAUAUACCCUCAAUGCAACAGCGUCUUCCUCCUCAAAAUACGCGACAGCGGCAGCGGUCUCGUCUUGCUUCUGCGACGGGUUCGUUGAUUGGUGGUGCGUCGCCGGCUGUAGGGACGAUGAGUCCACUUGCGGCUGAGCCGCGUUUGCCUCCGCGGACGACGAAGGUUAGUCAGAAGCUUGUUCUGUUACCGGAAACAGAGGGUGGUGGGAGAGAGAAAGAAGAAGAGGAGAUUGGACAAGAGGGUGUGGGGGAGCUGCGACAGCAACGGCAAGAAGGAGGAGCUGUUCUUGUGGAUGAAGAGCAGGUUCAGAGGUUAGCCAAGGAAAGAGGGGUGGAUCCGGAUGUCAUACGAAAGUCACUGCUGAGCAGCAAGGACAGGAGAAAGCUCCAUGGGGAUUUCGCUGUGGAUAAUGAUGUUGCACCUUUGCUUGCGGAGGAGGAAUUGUUGCGGCGUCGUCGAGUCCGUCCUGAGAAGGCCAAGAGCUAUGCGGAGCGGCUUCCCAAGGCGCGGCGCGCAGAGAAGGUGGCUCGGGUUACAGCUUAUUGUACGGCACAGGCGUAUAAGAUGAGUUCUGUGGCGUCGUUUGUAAAGGAGUGGCAUGGGGCGCGGGUGAAGUUCUACGACGACUGUCUCUACACGGCGUACCAGCUGCCCUUGUUGCCGGGGCAUGAAGGGUACCGGCUGCGGAGCAGUCCUACGGUGAAGUAUCCCGGGGGAAAGUCAUUUCUGGACGAGGAGAUUGAGCGGAACGAGCUACGCGACCAUCAUGAAGAUUACAUGGUGGAGGCACUGGAGCAUUCGGUUGGAGGAGGUCGUGUUGAGCAGACACACCCCGGGACGGACAGCAGACAUUCAACGAUGGAAGAUCAUCACCAAAGCACAGAGAAUAGGAACGCCAUUCCCACUGAGCACCCACGACCACAUCAUCACCGCCAUUAUCCAACACCACCACAGAUCUCCUCUCCAUCCGUACUUUCCACUCCUCCAGCGCCCGCAGGGAUCCCUGCCAAAUUCCUCUCCGUAGCCGAGAUGUUCGUCUUCAGCUACGGCGUCGUUGUUUUCUGGAAUUUUACCGAGCCCCAGGAAAAGGACUUACUGGCUGAUCUGGCCUUUGCAACAUCCUCUGUCACCGGCACCCCAGUUCCCUUGGCUACUCUCCCGUUGCAUGAGGAAGACUUCGAGACGGAGGAGUUCCAUUUUGAAUACUCGACUGAGAUCUCGCAUCCGCGUGUGUACAAUGACAUGAUCACCCUGCGCAGUGGAGACCAUAUGAUCAAGUUAGCCAUCAGUCAUGGGAUUGCGCAGAGCACGAAGCUAUGCUUCUUUGAGGAGGUCAUGGCGAGGCAGAUGGCUGAGGCCAAGGACAUACCGCGACGGCUGGCGACGACAGGGCAACUGGGAAUGAAGAGGGAGGAGUUGUUCCGAAUCCUGGGGAAGUUGUUUAAGAGUCGGGUUGAGGUUAAUUUAUCGUCCAAUGUCCUCGAUGUGCCGAAUUUCUUCUGGGAAAGCGAACCCACCCUGUACCCGCUGUACAUCGCAGUGAGAGAGUACCUUGAAAUCAAACCGCGGAUUCAAGUAUUGAAUGAACGGUGUCGCGUGUUUCUUGAUCUUACAGAGAUUCUGUCUGAUUCGAUAGCGGAUAAUAAGACAUCAAAUCAAACAUGGGUGUGUAUCUUUUUAAUCGUCCUUUCCAUUUUCGUCACCAUCUUCGAAGUGAUACUUCGGUUUGGGCUUCUUUCCACGCGUCAGAGUGGCUCUUCAUCGCUACAUGCUACUGCAUUCUCAAACAUGAUGCACCGGGCCUUUUCUUCCUCAUCGUCAGCGGGUGCGUGUGUGUGUCCUGGUAUGGAGGGAGGGGAUCUGAAUGGGAGUGUAUAUCAUUAAUUUUUCUCCUUUCACUGGAGUGGGCGGGUGUACAUGGAUGCAAUUAGGAUGCAAAUAGUAAUAAUCGACCGUUUCGAUUGCUG